UUUGUGUUUCCUUAGAAAGUGAAGCGUAAAUUGAAACAUAAGGAGAAUGCAUAAACCAAGCCAUUUUCUCAUCCUUUUCAUAGCAUUUCCCAUGUUUUCUCUCUGUUUUGGCACUCACCAUGAGGAUCCACUUCCUGUUUCUCAAUAUCAUGAUCAAGUUUAUGGCUUUAGAAGCUUUAGACCCGGAUGGAGCACUGAUUUUCACGGCUUGAUGACGACGAGGCGAGAUAGAGGAAGCUCGCGUUCGGGGUCGCCAAAGGUGGUGAAUGUGGAUGAUUUUGGAGCUAAGGGCAAUGGGCAAGACGACAGUAAGGCAUUUGAGCUAGCUUGGAAGGAGGCCUGUUCUUCUAGCAAGGCAAUUCUUUUGGUUCCUAAAGGCAGAACAUAUUAUCUUAAGCCAAUCACUUUUUCAGGUCCUUGUAGAUCUCCUUUAACACUAAAGAUCAAUGGAAUGAUCAAAGCUUCUCCGAGACUGUCGGAUUACGUCAACAAUCGGCGACAUUGGCUUAAAUUUGAAGGAGUUAGUAACUUUGUUGUAGAAGGCAAUGGUGAUGGCAUCAUCAAUGGGAACGGCAGAAAAUGGUGGCUGAGCUCUUGCAAAGUGAACAAAUUCCUUCCUUGCAGGGAAGCACCGACGGCUGUAACUUUCUACCAAUGCACCAACUUGGUUGUGGCUAACCUGAUGUUCAAAAAUGCACAAAAGAUGCAUCUCUCAUUUCAGAAAUGCAUCAAUGUCAAAGCUUUGAAUCUCCGGGUCGUCGCCCCGGGAAACAGCCCCAACACAGAUGGAAUUCACGUCACGGAAACACAAGAUGUUAUGAUAAGAAACUGUGUCAUUGGAACAGGGGAUGACUGUAUUUCAAUUGUAAGUGGGUCAAGAAAUGUUCAAGCCAUGGAUAUCAGUUGUGGGCCAGGCCAUGGAAUCAGCAUUGGAAGUUUAGGAAAAGGAAACACAGAAGCUGAAGUUUCAAAUAUAAGAGUAAACAGAGCAAUGAUUUCAGGGACCAGCAAUGGAGUGAGAAUAAAGACUUGGCAGGGAGGGUCUGGAUAUGCCAAAAACAUCCUGUUUCAAAAUGUUGUGAUGAAGAAUGUGAGCAACCCAAUAAUCAUAGACCAGAACUACUGUGAUAAAGAAGGGGAAUGUCCAGAACAGGUUUCAGCAGUGAAAGUGAGCAAUGUGAUGUACAGAAACAUAAGAGGAACAAGUGCUUCAGAAGAUGCCAUAAAAUUUGAUUGCAGCAAAAGCUUCCCUUGCCAAGGGAUUUCUUUGCUUGGAGUUCAUUUGGUUGGCCAAGGAGAUCAAGUUUCCACAGCUUCCUGUGAGAAUGUUAGAUUGAAAAAUAGAUGGAAAGUUUAUCCACAGUGCUCCUGAGUUGGACAAUUUGGGUUCUUAGGUGGAUAGUGUAAUUGCAUCCCCAAACCCAAUGUCUCGCCCUUUUUUUUUUCUUUCCUUUUAGAAUAUAGCAUUAUAAACGUAAGAAGUGGAAAUUUGAAUCUUCGAGUUGAACCAGGGUUAGAUUAGGCCUCAAUUUUCCAAUAUAAAACAAGGUUCUUUUUCCUUCUUAAGUUAUCCUUUUUAUCCCUAAAGAAAUUCUAUUGAGUGAUCUAACGAUUGUUGCUCAUUACAACAAUUGAGAUAGUUUAUAAAAGAUUAAAUUUACCUUAACCUAUCGACUUAAGCUUUUAGAUUGAUUGGUGAUUUAACACGAUAUUAGAGCAAGAGAUCCUCAUUUCCUCCCCGUUUAAUAUUGAUUACCACUUGUUAGUUCUAGUGCAAUUUUCAAACCCGUGAAUAAGGAGAGGAUCACUAAAGUAUUUAUAAAAAAAA